UCACGUGUAUUUUUUCGGUACAAAAUAUUUUUAAAAAUUUCAGAAUAUUAUCUUUAAAUAUGAGUAUAAUCUAAUUUAAUUCUGGAAAAUUAAACACAGCAUGUAUAUUCGGCGCCAAAAUCACAGUCUUACUGGCGACUGGCAAGCCGAGCUGGGCGGGGAUUUUGUUGCCUGGCUACGGCGAGUCAAGGUCACGCGUCACUUUCCGGUUUAGUAGAAAUCGCGUGAAAAAAUAAAUACACGUGAUAUCUCUCUACCCCCCCUCCUCCCACAUUGUGAUAUUUCGUGAUUUUUCCGAACCCCCCCGCCCCCCCCCCCCCUCUUUCGAGCCUCACGUGAUUAAUGGACGAUCCCUAAGAAACUCCCCACGUGACCUCAGACUUUCAACAAAUAGGAGCAUAGCUUUAACAAGUUAACUAAUCACAUUAUCUAUAUAUAUAAAAAUGUUAUGUUGGUUUGUGUACGCUUCAAAAACUCAAAAAGUUCUGCACCGAUCGAGCUGAAAUUUUACCAUUAUAUACAACCCGCAUCAAGGAUUGUUUUUAUCUACUUUUCACGUCAGCAACAUACCCGCGACCGCGGAAAAGUAACUGCGCCAUUUUAUUAAUGUUUUUUCUCACCAAUAAAAACAAAAAAACGCGCAUUUUCUGUUAUGGAAACGUUUCUCCAUGCCAAAGGAUUUCUCUUAGCAAUGGAAAAAACUACGUCAAUUGAAGCGAGCGGGAAAUGGCUAUAUACAAUGAAAAUGCUUUUAUUGUGAGGUGCAAUAAUUAAAAAAUGACUAAGCAUACCGGUAUGGGACUAAUUAUACAAUAUGAAUGAGGUACUUUAGUGUGAUCGUGUCUCGAUUGAGCUGCGCCGUUAUCCAAAUCGUAAGUAGAGGUUAUGUUUCGUAUGGGUCUAUCACCACUUGAUGUGGGAUUGCAUGUAGAUGGUUCUAUUGCAAAUAAAGUUCUUAGUCAAUUAAGAAUGCCAGCACCAACCCGAACUGCGACUGCUGCAUUUGAUGUAGAUUUACGCCGUGAACAGAGUUAUAACAUUGAUGAUCUUCAGACAUAUGUCCAAUUGAACAUUCCCAAAUUAAAGCGUGAACAGAAAGACAUUUAUGAUCGCAUAAUGCAAAUGAUAAAUGACGGAAUUGGGGGGGAUCUUCUUCUUGGAUGCGCCAGGAGGAACUGGGAAAACAUUCCUAAUUAGAUUGAUUCUAGCAACGGUUCGAUCAAAAAAUGACAUAGCAUUAGCUCUUGCUUCGUCUGGAAUAGCUGCGACAUUGUUACCAGGUGGAAGAACUGCGCAUUCAGCUCUAAAGUUGCCAAUAAACAUGCAAAUCAUCGAGACUCCUACGUGCAAUAUUUCCAAAGCAUCCGGUAUGGGAAAAGUAUUACAAAAAUGUAAACUAAUUGUUUGGGAUGAAUGCACGAUGGCACAUAAAAAAUCGCUUGAAACUCUUGAUCGAUCGUUAUGAGAUUUGCGUGGAAACGUUCAACCAUUCGGGAAUGCAUUGAUAUUGCUCAUAGGAGACUUUAGGCAAACAUUGCCUGUAAUUUCUCAAUCGACACCAGCAGACGAAAUAAAUGCUUGCCUGAAAUAUUCAACACUAUGGCGGCACGUACGUACAUUGCAGUUGACUACGAGUAUGCGUGUCCAGUUGCAGAAUGAUCCAUCAGCUGAGGUAUUCUCACGACAGUUACUGGAAAUUGGAAAUGGGCAGCUGCCAGUCGAUGAGACGUCUAGACGAAUAUCAUUUCCCAAUCAUUUUUGUAAUUUAGUAACAUCGAAAGAAGAACUGAUCGAAAAGUAUUUCCUGACAUUCAAAAAAAUCAUAGAAAUCACGAUUGGCUCAGUGAAAGAGCUAUCCUUGCCGCAAAGAAUAAAUAUGUCUAUCAACUUAAUAAUGUUAUUCAAUCCAGUAUUCAAAGUGAUGAAAUUACAUAUAAGUCGAUAGACACCAUUGUGGAAGCAGAUGAUGUAGUUAAUUAUCCAACGGAAUUUUUAAACUCACUUGAUCUGCCAGGGAUACCACCACACAUACUUAAAUUGAAAAUAGGUGUGCCAAUUAUGCUCUUGCGGAAUAUUAAUCAGCCAAAACUGCAAUGCCACGCGACUUUCAGUUAAGAAAUUAAUGAAUAACGUAGUGGAAGCAAUGAUUUUAACGGGGCCUUUCAAAGGUGAAGAUGUCCUCAUUCCUCGAAUACCCAUGAUCCCGACCGAUAGACCAUUUCAAUUUAAAAGAUUCCAAUUCCCAAUUCGAUUGGCAUUUGCAAUCGCAAUCAAUAAAGCUCAAAGUCAAUCUUUAGAAUUGUGUGGUUUAGAUUUAGAUGUGGAUUGCUUUUCACAUGGACAACUGUAUGUUGCGUGUUCCCGAGUCGGAAAACCAGAUAGUCUUUAUAUCUACGCAUACAGUAGAAAAACAAAAAAAAUAUUGUAUAUCCACAAAUAUUGCAAAAUUAAACUUAUAUGAAAUUUUUCUUUGUUUUGUUUCUCAUUUCUCAACUAUUCAAUCACAAUGUGCCACAGCGAAGCGUGGCAGGGUACAGCUAGUUUCUCAUAAUUUAUAAUAUAUAAAUUAUAAGUUCAUAGCUGGUAACUUCAACGAAACUAAGUUUCAACUGAUUGGCUGCAGCAAUAACUUUCAGCUAAAAUUCUACUCCGUAUAAAUUACAUAACUGUGCUAUCGUGCAAAUGCCAGCUUUGUUUCCCACGCUAUUGCUACAUUACAGAAAAUGCAAAUGCCACUCGCCGCAUUACUUCCAUCCUCUCACUUAACUUCAAUAUUGAUAAUGUUCUAAAAACUUUAUGGUAGCCUAUAAAUGAACAUAAAAAUUAGUAAAAUGAAGUAUUCAAAUAAAAAUAAAAGACAGAAAAAUACAUUUCCGCAGAUGGGAACCUGGUCAACAAAACCAAGUAAGUAGUUAAUGUCUUUAUAGAAACAAAGUUCGUUAAUACAACUUACAAAAAAACCUCACAAUAUGUAUGAAUGAAAAAUAAAUGAAAAUUAUGAUUAUCAAAUAAGUCAUAAUGAUUUUCAACACAUCUAACAAAAGAUCAGCAGGUAUUUACAAAUACGUACCAAAAUUAGUGAUAGUGUUUUGAUUCUUUUUAAAUGGAGUUUUAUGCUUUCAAAUUAGUCAUUAUGAUCUUCAACACAUCUAAAUGUAAAAUCAGCAGGUAUUUAUUCAUCGUAAAUAUUAGUGAUAGUGUUAUGAUUUAAAAAAAAAACAGUGUUAUAUUAAAGAUGAGGGUAGAGGUUAUGUUUGCGUGCCAUAAGUACCCAGAGGUAAAUAAAGAUUACAUUGAUAUGGUGUCUUAAGAUGAAGAAAUCGGUGAGAUUAUUUUAAGAUAACACUGAAAAAAUAUUUAUAUACUAAUCGAACAAGAGACACAUCAAGCUACGAUCGAGGCAAGGCAAGAAUAGGGUCCACAACAGAGAUAAGGUUUGUUGUUUGUUGUGAAGUGAAAUUGUAACUUCUAUUAUAAUACUGAGGUAAAUUAAAUUAACACAUGCCUAUGGCACCAAUUUCUUAUAUUGGCUUGUUAAUGACAAGAUGGCAUGCCAGCUUUAGAUUAUCAAUUUCUAACUAGUUGCUGUAUUUUAUUAUUCCUAACAUCUUGGGUUGAUUCCAAUUUCCAUUUGAUUCUCAUGUAAGGGAUUUGAUUCUUAGAUUUUCAUACUCCGUAAGAUACUACUAAAUAAACUUAUUUUAUUCAUUUAAAAAUAUAACUAGCACAAUAAAUAAAAGAAACAGAAAAAUUGCAAGUGGUGUUAUUUAUAUUAUGGUGAAAACAUAAUUUAAUAAAAAUUAGGCUGAAACAUUGCUAUAAAAAUGCUUGUAAUGUUGUAAGCUUACUGAAGGGAAAGAUGUUUUAUCCCCUUGUUUACUUGCUCAUUUAAUACUAAAUUAAAUAAUUUAAAUACCUCCCUAAGGUCAAAACUGCAGCAAUAUGUUAAUUAUUUCAUUAACAUGAUGUUAGCUUUUAGAAUCAGAAUCGUUUGAAUUACAUGGUCUUUAAUUUAUUUUACUGAUACAAACAUACAGGUUCCUGUCAAACUACAAAAUAAAAACCCUAUACAGCACCCAUACUGCAAUAUUAAUGUUUUGGUAAUCUAGAAUUUUUUUUUAUGUCUCCGUAGUAGGUAGUAUCCCAGUUCAAAACCAUGUUAUGUGUAGGUGGUGAGAAAAAUCAUAAUAAUAUUGUUAUCCAAUAAUAAUGUUCUCUCAUAUUCACCACCAUUUUUAAAGUAUGCUGGAUUUAAAUGUACUGAAUGGGUUAAUUUUGUUACUACAGUGAGUAUACAGGUAGUGCGAAAACACACCCAAAAUAUUUUUAGAAACUAUUCCUAGUGGAAAUUGGAGUAGAAAAUGUAUAAACCAAUAACAGCAUAAUUCAGUUCCAAGGUUGAUUGAUAUUCACCCUUGAAAAUCAGUCUUCGAAUUAGUAUUCGUGCAAAAUAGGGAAAACUUUUUAAAUUAAAUUACAAUUCCGGGGAUUAUGUUUAAUGCUACAAAGUUUUUCAUUCUUCUAACAAUCUUUCAAUAAAAAACCAAAAAAUCCCUCAACUUCUCCUGAGAUUCUAACAAUAUAUUGCAUCACUGUAUAAUGAAUGACAACUUAAGUAACUGGCUUGAAUGUGUUUCCUUGCAGAUAUGGCAGUGAACAUAAAACGCAUUGGACAUCCCACACACCUCGGGGAGGGACCGCAAUGGAGUCCUGAGGAACAAGUGCUGUAUUACACUGACAUCCUCGAGUCGAGUAUUUUCAGAUACGACCCAAAGACCAACACUGAAACUUCAAUUAAACUUGGUGGUGGUAAUUUGUCAAUAGUAAUUCCUGUUGAAGGGAAGAAAAAUCAGUUUGUCAUAACGCUGGAAAGAAACAUUGCUGUGUUGACUUGGGAUGGCAAUAGCCCCAAACCUGAGAAACUGGAAAUCAUCAGCUCUGUGGAAAAGCUGGAGACGAAGUGCCCGACAACGAACUUCAACGACGGGAAGGCAGAUCCGGUGGGCAGAUUGUGGGCAGGCACGCUGGAGAAAGGAGGCUACUCCCACAAAACUAUUCCUGAACAAUGUGCUUUGUACAAUUUCUCCAAAGAUGGUACCCCGACCCUAAAAGUUUCCGGCAUUACUCUUUCCAAUGGGAUGGCAUGGUCCAGCGAUAAGAAGACAAUGUACUAUACAGACACUCCAACUUUCAAAAUAUUCGCCUUCGAUUAUGACGCUCCUACUGGAAAUAUCACAAAUCGUCGAGUGGUAUUUGACAUGUACAAGGACUUCCUAACUGAGGGUCCCGAUGGAAAGACAGUUGGCCCUGAUGGAAUGACAAUCGACAGUGAAGACAAAUUAUGGCUUGCCACCUUUGGAUCUAGUAAGGUGUUAAGAAUUGAUCCUGCAACUGGUAAAGUGAUAUCCACUGUGACUGUGCCUUCGCCUGAAGUGACAUCUGUUGCAUUUGGAGGCAAAAACCUGGACGAACUGUACGUCACCUCUGCAAAUAUAUUAAACGAUACAGAACUAACAAAAAAGUACCCAGAUGCAGGAUAUACUUUCCGUGUCACUGGACUCGGAGUAAAAGGUCUCCCUGCUAAGAACGUGAUUCUUUCUCGUUAAACACACAAAUUUUAUUUUAUUUUAUUUUUUGUUCGUUUAGUUUCUUACACAUACUUUAUAGACAGAGCUUGGUGACAAAUAUGUAUCAAUGAAAUAUAAUUUGAAACAAAAUUUUUUUUUUUAAAUAAAUAUUGUAUGUGGUUUUUGUAAAAUAAAAAUGUUGACAGUAAAAAGAUGUCUUUUAAUUUCCUAAAUUAAAUAUUGAUGAAAAAAUAUCAAUUUUUUUAAUUUUUAUUUUGAGCAUGUAACAGGCAGAAGUGCUGGCAAGAAUUUGUAGCUUGCAAAAUUUUUUGCUAGCUCUGCAUUAUUAAAGUUCCCGGAAAAGACAUGACUAUUACUGGUGCUGAGCCUAAAUAUAAUGUUGUUUAAAAGAAAAAACCUAGCUACUAUCACAUAACAAGUCAAUGAGUUUUAUGGUCCUCCGAGUAUAAUUUGUUUAGAUUUACUUAGAAAUGAACUAAAAUUUAUAUGGCUAAAAUCUCAAGCCAAACAAGUGUCAAAAGUCGGUGAACCUUUUUUUUAUUACAAUAACCAGCAUCUUCACUCUUAAGUAUGAAAACUGGCUUAUCAAUGGCUUAUAUCAAAUCUUCAAGAUAUAUUUUUAUCAUAUUGCUACAUAAGAACUUUGUCAAAGUUAUUAAAAAUGACAAAUACUACUACAACCAUUUCUAAGUCCCACUUAAUAUCAUGUAGGUUAUCAUUCAGAGUAUUUUUUAUCUAACUGCUAUAAAUAUAAACUCAGCUUAUACAUGAGUUGUUUGUCAUUAAUGAAAAAAAUCAACAAGGUACUUAAUUCCAUAAAUGUAUUACAACAUAUCCAACAAUAUUCUUAGCAAGUCAAAUAGUGGUAGCGUACGACAAUAUUUACAUCAUAACAAAUAUACUUGAGGCUUUUUGAUCAAAAAAAUGUGUUCAAGUACAAAUUGAACAAAACAACCAAUGGAAAUGUAUAGUAUAUAUUUUUGAAUUCUUACACAUAAAAAGACUAACAUCCUAUUCAAUCACAAAUUUUAACAUGAUUCCCCUCUUUUUUAGAAUAGUAGCAUCAUUAAAACAGAUCAGGGAAGUGUUCCGAUUAGCACCCACUGUAUGAAAAAAUUUAACAUAAUUUUAGCCUGAUUUCCUUAGGGGGGGAAAAAUGCAACUUUCUUGUAUGCAUGUAUUUCUUUCUCUUCCCCUGCCCCAAACUCCAACAAACUCUUCUCAAUCAACACGAGUUGGCAUUUUAGGCUUUCAAAAUAAUUUCCAAUAAAAAAUUAUUGGUAAAGUUGAUUGGCAUACCCUAACGUCAUAAAUUAUGUAAUCAGCAGUAAUCAUCAGUUUCUCGGUAGAACUGGAGAGAACUAAGUCUUAACAUAGGCUGAUCACAUUAAUUGUAUAAACUAUAUGUUGUUGACGGAGGUUUGGUUGCUUUUCUUUCUAAAAAAUAAAAAAAUAAAUAAAAAAUAUCUCAAGCUAUUAAUGUCUUCAUUGCUUAUACAUGCAUUAUGAAACUUUAAGUAGUUUUUAACCUUUAAUAUUUUCUUAUCUGGCAGAUAGGUUACUGUUCUAAAUCAUCAGUACACUAGACCAAACAAAUAACUAGGCCUACAUCUUGUUUUAUUUACAAUGUGAGAGAAAAUUUUAGUCUUAAUGACAAAACCUCAAUUCCGUGUUGAAACACUACCAUUAGCUAGUUUCUGAUGACACUAACCAGGGUUCAUGGUUCAAAACCCACGGUGAGACUGGUUGUGAACGUGAUGAAUUGUAGAGUCCAGAGGGCUCCAACCUAACUCAUGGCUUACCAGAGAUAUCUGUGGGUGGUAGAUCGCAAACCUCAUUGUGAUUGACAUGGGAGGUAUAGAAUUAAAAAGGAAACAGAAUUAGGUUUUUACCUUGAAUAGUAGGCUGUAGGGCAUGCCUUUCAGUAGAUGGUGCAAUGAAUCGUAUUGUAACAGGGUUGUAUUCAUCAGUAUGAGUGAAGUAUGGAGUUUACAAUGAUCUUGGGUUGUCUUCAGCAAUGUUUUAGUAUGAAAGAUGCAUUCUAGUAUAUUACAGAAACAACCUCAACAGCAGACUACUCAAGCGGUUUCUUAAGUGGAAACAUUACAGUGGUAGCUGUGGAUAAUGCAUCACUGCAUCACAUAAUAUAACAAGGUAAAUAAGUUAUUGCUGGUUUUAAAUGUAGCUAACCUAACUUACCCAACCAUCCAUAUGAUUUUAAAGUAUUUCAGAACGAUACCAGAGCCUCCAUUUUUAAAAAUCAAAGUUCCAAAAAACAACAAACUCUCAAAUCUCUAACAGAAUUGUGAUUCCGCCAGCAAGGGAGAUAGCAGAAUAAUUCAGACAAUUUUUAACAUCAUUCUAAUAUUUAAUUCAGCUAGCAAGUGUUAAAUAAUAGAUUUUAGCAAAUAUCUAUCAGAAUCAAGUUGCUCCGUUAGUUUCAUUAUGAUAAGACAGCUAAAUGUCUAUUCUUGAAACGGCUAUGAAAGCUAUCGGAAUCAGCAUUGUCAGGUUGACGAAAAGUCUCUAUAAGUAUGGCAAUGUUGUUUUUUAAGUUAACGUCCAAUGACAAUCAGGGAAGGACCAUUUCUAAUGAAAGUGUAUUAAUUGUUUUCAUUAUGUUCAUCUUUUUUCUUUAGUUGAUGGACAAGGAAGUUAUGUGUAAAUACUGUUACGACGAAAACGCCUGAGACCAGAUCCCGAUGUCAGAUUCAGAGCUGGCUGGCAGGCACUGGCAUCACACGCCGUGUCACGUGCCGCCCACUGACGUAAGGCAUGCCUUGCACGCCUGGCCGGAUUACAAGGGUUGUCGCUACCACCCUCCCCCCACUGCAUCGCGUAUCAUCCUUCCUCGGCAUUGUUAUUUAUCACUGAGCUGCUUUGGAAUUCUGCGGGCCGCCAUACAGAGUGGCACGAAUAAACACUGUCUUUAGGAUGUUUCUGGCCUAGGAUGAUGCCACUCAACACAGCCGCUCUCGUCGGUUCGAGAAGGGCACCCCAGGUACUUAAGCAUCGACACCCGCCCAGUUCUCCUUAUAAAGGUUGUAACAAUAAAUAAGUAGUAAUUAAAAAUGAGUGUAAAAUUAUGCCAGCGAAACUGAAAAUUCUAUGACUUAUAUGAAAAAAAAAAAUAUUUUAGGCAGGAAACAAAAAUUUGUAAUAUAACUCAACUGUAAACUAUUUCUAGUUGGAAAAAGUACUACAAAAACACAAAUAUUUAUGAAAAUUCUAACAGAUUUAUAUAUAUUUUUUUCUUUUAGAAUUUAAUAAAAUUCUUAUCACU